AUGGUGGAAAGACAUGGUAUGCUCGGACCUGUCGAAUACAUCCCAGAUUGUCUCAUAACAUACGACAAGCUCGAGCCCCAUCAGAUACGAAUGAAAGCUUAUCUGAGCGAUGUUCUCUUGCGGCAGGCUUGUUAUGAUCAAUAUGUCAUCGACAAGGAUUUCGACCACCAAAUCAUGGGAGACGACUUGCCAUGCUACCUCUCGUGCAAUAAAGUCCUUCUCGAGAGGGAGAUAAGGCGGAUCUUAGAGAGACCCCUUCCUCAUCCGACGCGUCCGAAGAAGUAUAUCGACGAUGACAGAUUACUUGCAAAGCUGCUCGACUGGAACGUUGCUUGUGACAGCCCGGUCGAUAUCACCUUCGCUAUGCUGGAGGCAACACUCAAGUUUAAUUUGCCAAAGUGCUUGGACGUACUGCUUAUGCAACACUUGGAAAGCCGGUUCGCGGAUAAGAGGCUGACGAAGCGUGUGUUUAGCAUGACUGAUGUAAAGAAUCUCGGGAACGCGGCCUUCAAGAUGGGUUACGAUUUUGGUUCGACUAUCUUUGAGCCUCUCGAUGAUGCAAGGUCUCGCUGGGAUAAGGAACACAGGCAUUUGUCAUAUGAAAAUCGAGAGCAAACGGGCCUUCGUGCCAGUGACGAGGACAUUGCUACUAUGCAGAGAAGCGAAUGGAAUGAAGGGACGGAGCACGACGCGUACGCUGGGGCAGAUAUAGAGUUCAGAGAGACAGAGCUAGAGGAUGCUCGAGAGCAGCUGGGAGCGUAUGGCGAAAGAAGUCCCGAUGAUGUACAGGAGGAGCUCAGGAUGUUGCCGGGUCAACUUGGCGAGAGUCAGGAGGCGGCGACGGCGAUGGCGGCAGAAGAGGAAGAAGCAGCGGCAGCGGCAGCGGCAGAAGAAGCAGAAGACGAAGGAGUAGAAGAAGACGAAGCAGCAUCAGAAGCUAAUGAAGAAGCAACAGAAAUCGAGUCAGAAGAAGAGGAGACAGAUUGGCCGGUGGAAGAGGACGAGGAUGAAGAGGAGGAACAAGAACACCAGAAUUGGAGUGAGACGCAAUGGAGGGCUUUCUUGGAAAGUGAUGGGGAAAUUUCUGACGAUGAGGAUUUCUCGGAUGACGACGUGGGCUAUUCGCACCGUAUGCACUGGCGAGGUGGCGAAGGUGCUUCUUCAGGCGACGAAGACGAUGAGGACGAAGAUAUCCAGAGUGACGAGGAGCAGUGGGCUGGCGAGGACGAUGAGAGCGACGAGGGCGAUGGGGGCGCCGGAGACGAAGACGACAGUGACGCGCCGUCACAGUUGGUAAUGCCUGGAUCCGCAUUACCCAAGCUUCCACCCAUCAUUCCCUAG